GACCCGGGAGGGUGAGGAUCCGGAUAGACAGCUAGACACUCCCUCCAUUCCUCUCCCCUACCUCCAAAUAAGAAGAAGCUGUAGUGAGUUUCAGGCACCAAGUUAUUUACUCGGUAGAGAUCAUGACUUUGCCCGGGUGUCUGUGCUGCCCCGCACCCUGCUUGUUAACCACGUUAAGACGACUGGCCUGUUAAUUAACUUUAAUUACGAUCAUUUGGCCUCCACCUGCCUGAACCCCAUACCUUACACGGGAACCUGAAUGAUGUGAGUUUACCAGAUUGAUCUUUCUUGUUUACUUUUGGAGACAGUUCUCUUGGGAGAAGUGGUGUCCAUCCUAUUUAAUAAAGCUUAAGCAGGUAAAGCAGUCACUGUGAAGAAAAUAACAUUUUAAGAAACUUUUCUGUCACAAUUGAUAGAGGAAAAGCCAGUAGAGAAGUGCAUCUUCUUGUGUGUGUGUGUGUCUCAUCGUGCCACUUUUUGUAACUCAGCUUAGUAAUGAAGCCACCAUUAUGUCCUCAGUCAGUGAAGUAAAUGUGGAUAUAAAAGAUUUCCUAAUGAGCAUUAAUUUGGAGCAGUAUCUCUUACAUUUCCAUGAGUCUGGUUUUACUACUGUGAAGGAUUGUGCAGCAAUAAAUGACAGCCUGCUGCAGAAAAUUGGAAUAUCACCUACAGGUCACCGUAGGAGGAUACUUAAACAGUUACAGAUAAUCUUGUCAAAAAUGCAAGAUAUUCCAAUAUAUGCAAAUGUUCAUAAAACUAAGAAGAAUGAUGACCCUUCGAAGGAUUACCAUGUUCCAUCUUCUGAUCAGAAUAUCUGCAUAGAACUUUCCAAUUCUGGUAGUGUUCAGACAUCCAGCCCACCGCAGUUGGAGACUGUUAGAGAAAAUCUUGAAGACAGUGAUGCAAGUGUGGAAAGAAGCCAGUAUCCUCAAUCAGAUGAUAAGCUGUCUCCUCCUAAACGCGACUUCCCCACUGCAGAGGAACCACACCUGAAUUUGGGUUCUUUGAAUGAUUCUUUAUUUGGUAGUGACAAUAUUAAAAUAGAAUCGUUGAUUACAAAGAAGACUGUGGAUCGCACAAUUGAAGAACAACAAACAGAAAAAGUUAAAUUGAUCACAGAAAAUCUCAGUAAGCUCCCUAAUGCAGACUCUGAAUGCCUUUCUUUUGUUGGCUGUUCAACAUCAGGAACAAAUUCUGGAAAUGGAACAAAUGGUUUAUUAGAAGGAUCACCACCAUCCCCAUUCUUUAAGUUUCAAGGAGAAAUGAUUGUAAAUGACUUGUAUGUUCCAUCAUCACCAAUCCUAGCACCUGUGAGAAGUCGUAGCAAGUUGGUUUCAAGACCAUCUCGAUCUUUUCUGCUAAGACAUCGACCUGUACCAGAGAUUCCAGGGUCAACAAAAGGAGUUUCUGGGAGCUAUUUCCGUGAAAGAAGAAAUGUUGCUACCUCAACUGAAAAAUCUGUGGCAUGGCAAAAUUCAAAUGAGGAGAAUUCAUCUUCCAUCUUUCCUUAUGGAGAGACCUUUCUCUUCCAGAGACUAGAAAAUUCCAAGAAGCGAUCUAUAAAGAAUGAAUUUUUGACCCAGGAAGAAGCACUCAAAGGGGAAGCAACUACUGCAACAAACUCUUUUAUCAUCAAAUCAAGCAUAUACGAUAACAGAAAGGAGAAAAUAAGCGAGGACAAGGUGGAAGAUAUUUGGAUACCUCGAGAGGACAAAAACAAUUUUUUGAUAGACACUGCUUCUGAAUCAGAAUACUCAACAGUAGAAGAAUGCUUUCAGAGUUUAAGAAGAAAAAAUUCAAAGGCAUCUAAAUCUAGGACUCAAAAAGCCUUGAUUUUGGACUCUGUUAAUAGGCACAGUUAUCCGUUAAGCUCAACAAGUGGAAAUGCUGAUUCAUCAGCCGUUUCUUCACAGGCAAUAUCUCCCUAUGCCUGCUUUUAUGGAGCAUCUGCAAAGAAGGUUAAAUCAGGAUGGCUGGAUAAACUCUCUCCUCAAGGAAAACGCAUGUUUCAGAAGAGAUGGGUGAAAUUUGAUGGCCUUAGCAUUUCUUACUACAAUAAUGAGAAGGAGAUGUAUUCAAAAGGAAUAAUUCCCCUUUCUGCUAUAUCAACAGUACGAGUUCAAGGAGACAACAAAUUUGAAGUUGUUACAACACAAAGAACUUUUGUUUUUAGAGUAGAAAAAGAAGAGGAGAGAAAUGACUGGAUCAGCAUACUAUUAAAUGCACUGAAAUCACAGUCCCUUACCUCGCAGUCUCAAGCUGUUGUUACACCUGAGAAAUGUGGAUAUCUUGAAUUGAGAGGCUAUAAGGCAAAAAUUUUUACUGUGUUAAGUGGAAACAGUGUGUGGCUUUGCAAAAACGAACAGGAUUUUAAGAGUGGGCUUGGUAUUACCAUAAUUCCUAUGAAUGUAGCAAAUGUAAAGCAAGUGGACCGAACUGUGAAACAAUCUUUUGAAAUAAUCACUCCCUAUAGGAGUUUCAGCUUUACAGCUGAGACUGAAAAAGAGAAACAAGACUGGAUUGAAGCUGUGCAGCAAUCAAUAGCAGAAACUCUCUCUGAUUAUGAAGUAGCUGAGAAGAUUUGGUUCAAUGAAUCCAACAGGAGCUGUGCAGAUUGUAAAGCCCCAGAUCCUGACUGGGCAUCCAUCAAUCUCUGUGUUGUCAUCUGUAAGAAGUGUGCAGGACAGCAUAGAUCUUUAGGACCAAAAGAUUCCAAGGUUAGAAGUCUAAAAAUGGAUGCUAGCAUUUGGAGCAAUGAACUCAUCGAGCUUUUUAUUGUCAUUGGAAACAAAAGAGCAAAUGACUUUUGGGCUGGUAAUCUUCAAAAGGAUGAAGAAUUACAUAUGGAUUCACCAGUAGAAAAGAGAAAAAACUUUAUUACUCAGAAAUAUAAAGAAGGAAAAUUCAGAAAAACUCUUUUGGCAUCUCUCACCAAAGAAGAAUUAAAUAAGGCUCUAUGUGCUGCUGUAGUGAAACCGGAUGUUCUAGAAACAAUGGCUUUGCUGUUCAGUGGAGCAGAUGUCAUGUGUGCCACCGGAGACCCCGUGCAUAGCACCCCUUAUCUGCUAGCCAAGAAAGCUGGGCAAAGUCUGCAAAUGGAAUUUCUCUACCAUAACAAAUUCUCAGAUUUCCCUCAACAUGAUAUUCAUUCCGAGGGUGUAUUAAGUCAAGAGUCUUCCCAGUCCACAUUCCUCUGUGACUUUUUAUAUCAAGCUCCUUCUGCUGCUUCUAAACUCUCUUCAGAGAAAAAACUGCUUGAAGAGACAAAUAAAAAAUGGUGUGUUUUGGAAGGAGGCUUCUUGAGUUACUAUGAAAAUGAUAAGUCUACCACACCUAAUGGCACCAUUAAUAUCAAUGAAGUUAUCUGCCUGGCUAUACACAAAGAGGACUUCUAUUUAAAUACUGGGCCCAUCUUUAUCUUUGAGAUCUACUUACCCUCAGAACGUGUGUUUUUAUUUGGAGCUGAAACAUCUCAAGCUCAAAGAAAAUGGACAGAGGCAAUAGCCAAGCAUUUUGUUCCCUUAUUUGCUGAAAACUUAACAGAAGCUGACUAUGAUUUGAUUGGUCAACUCUUCUACAAAGACUGCCAUGCCCUGGAUCAGUGGAGAAAAGGCUGGUUUGCUAUGGACAAAUCCAGCUUGCAUUUUUGCCUUCAAAUGCAAGAAGUUCAGGGAGAUAGAAUGCACUUAAGAAGACUGCAAGAGCUAACAAUCAGCACAAUGGUUCAAAAUGGGGAAAAACUAGAUGUUUUACUCUUGGUAGAAAAAGGGAGAACAUUAUACAUCCAUGGGCAUACCAAGUUGGAUUUCACAGUCUGGCAUACUGCAAUUGAAAAAGCAGCAGGUACAGAUGGUAAUGCUUUACAAGAUCAGCAGCUCAGCAAAAAUGACGUUCCCAUUAUAGUGAACAGCUGUAUAGCAUUUGUUACACAGUAUGGUUUAGGAUGCAAAUAUAUCUAUCAAAAGAAUGGUGAUCCUUUGCAUAUAAGUGAACUCUUGGAGAGUUUCAAAAAGGAUGCAAGAAGCUUUAAAUUGAGGGCUGGAAAACAUCAGCUUGAAGAUGUGACGGCUGUGUUGAAAUGUUUUCUCUCUGACAUUGAUGAUGCACUGCUUACUAAGGAGCUCUACCCAUAUUGGAUCUCUGCUUUAGAUACGCAAGAUGACAAGGAAAGAAUUAAAAAAUAUGGAGCAUUUAUACGUUCUCUUCCAGGGGUCAACCGAGCAACACUAGCAGCUAUCAUUGAACACCUGUAUAGGGUUCAGAAAUGCUCAGAAAUCAAUCACAUGAAUGCCCAUAAUUUGGCGUUGGUCUUUUCAUCCUGUUUGUUUCAAACGAAGGGACAAACUAGUGAAGAAGUGAAUGUAAUUGAGGACCUAAUUAAUAAUUAUGUAGAAAUAUUUGAGGUUAAAGAAGAUCAAGUCAAACAAAUGGACAUAGAAAAUAGCUUUAUUACCAAGUGGAAAGACACCCAAGUUUCCCAGGCUGGAGAUUUGUUAAUUGAAGUAUAUGUAGAAAGGAAGGAACCUGACUGUAGUAUUAUAAUUCGGAUAUCUCCUGUGAUGGAAGCAGAAGAAUUAACUAAUGAUAUAUUAGCAAUAAAAAAUAUUAUUCCUACAAAAGGUGAUAUUUGGGCCACAUUUGAAGUCAUUGAAAAUGAAGAGCUAGAGCGUCCUCUUCACUACAAGGAAAAUGUACUGGAGCAGGUGCUUCGGUGGAGUUCAUUAGCUGAACCUGGCUCUGCUUACCUGGUGGUGAAGAGAUUCUUAACCGCUGACACAAUUAAACACUGCAGUGACCGGAGUACACUGGGAAGCAUCAAAGAAGGAAUCUUGAAAAUCAAAGAAGAACCAUCCAAAAUACUAUCUGGAAAUAAGUUUCAAGACCGGUAUUUUGUUUUACGAGAUGGGUUUCUCUUUCUUUACAAGGAUGUGAAGAGUAGUAAACAUGACAAGAUGUUUUCUCUCAGUUCUGUGAAGUUUUAUCGUGGAGUGAAAAAGAAAAUGAAGCCUCCAACAAGCUGGGGAUUGACCGCAUAUUCUGAGAAACAUCACUGGCACCUGUGUUGUGAUAGUUCACAAACUCAGACGGAGUGGAUGACCAGUAUCUUUAUUGCCCAGCAUGAAUAUGAUAUAUGGCCACCAGCUGGAAAGGAACGAAAACGUUCAAUAACCAAAAAUCCCAAAAUUGGAGGUUUGCCUCUGAUUCCUAUACAGCAUGAGGGGAAUGCAACCUUGGCCCGGAAAAAUAUCGAGAGAGACCCUUGUGAGCAUACAAGCUCUCAUUUGGAAGCCUUGGGAAGCCAUAUGGUCGGAGCAGGUAUGAAUUGGAAUCUUGACAGAACAUCAUCAAAACUGCCCACAACCUCAAUUCAGCUCAGUCCCAUUGGAUCAGGAUCAUCAGCCUCCUCUUUGCCAAAGGAUGGAAAGGUAAAUCCUCUAUGGAACUUCUCUAUUGUUUUUUCAAUUUCUGGCAUUUAAAAAUGAAGAAAAAGGAAAAAAAUUCAAGACAAUUGACCCUUUGACCAAAAUGCUAAGAUGAAAAUAUAGACAAUAGAAAGAAAUCCCCAAAUGAUCAAGCUGUUAGAAUUACCAAAGAAGGACUAAAUAACAGCAAUGAUUGAUAUUAAUAUUAACAAGAAAAUAGAGAAAAAAUACAGAAAAUAUUGGAUAAUUCUGUCAGAGAAUUGGAAUUUUAAAAAAUCAAAUAAAAAUUUUAGAAGUUAAAAACAUAGUAACUAAAGUUAAAAACAAAUGGGUUUUAUAGCAUAAUUGACAUGCACCAACGGUUAGUGAAUUGGAGACAGGUUAGUAAAAAAAAUCAAAUAUAUCCAAAAUGAACACACAGAAAAAAAUAUGUAGAUAAAAGAAGUAUGUGAGACACUGUUAAAAUGUCGAACAUAGAUAUAAUGUGUUAUCUAGAAAAUUGGGAGGAGGCAAUAUUGGAGGAGAAAAUGACCAACAGUUUUUUUUAAUGGAUAUGUUAUUUAUACCAAUAGAUUCAAUAUGUUAGCCGAACUCUAAGCAAGGUAAAUUAAAAAAAAAAAACCUACACAAAAUUACAUUGUAAUAAAACAAUGGAAAAGUCACUGAGGGACUCUUAAAAUCAUCCAGAGAAUACCGAAACCCCAAACUUAGAGUAAUAACAAUACAAUGACAGUGGCCUCUCACCAUAAAAGAUGAAAGCCAAAAAAAAAACAACUACAAUUAUUAAAGUGCUAUAUGAAAAUAUAUGCCAACUAGAAUUCCAUAUCCCUUAAAAUAUUCCUUGAAAGAGAUGGCAAAAUAAAGGCUACUUUGGAAAAAGAGAUUUCCUCAGUCAAGCUGCGCUGAAAAAAAAAAACCAAAAAACUACAGAUAAUGUUUUAGAUAGAGAGAAAUUGGUCCUAUGUAGAAGUGCCAAAAUGCAGUAAAACUAAAGAGCAAAGGAAAGUAAAAAAAAAAAUCAGGUAAACAUAAAUUAAUAUUGACUGUACUAAAUGAUGAUAUAAUGUCUUUUGAAUAAAUGUGCAAGCAUUGUCAGGGAAGAAGUGAAUGUAAUUAUUUGUAUUAGUUACAAUGUCAAGGAUGUGUGCUUUAAUUUCUGGGGUACCUGCUAAAAGGAAAGUGAAAGAACAUAUGACUUUCAUGCUUAUAGAAAAGAAAAAUGGAAAACUAAAAUAUAUUUUAGUAAUUCAAAGUAGAAAAAAAGAAAAAGGGACAAAAACAGGUCACACUGAAAACAAUAGUAGUAAGGUGGUAGAUAUAAGGCUAAAUAUAUCAGUAAUUACAUACAAAACUAAGCACUUCAAUUAAAAGCAAACGACAAGAAAACCUAUACAUGUUCUGGUUCUCAGAGACACACAUAAAAUAUAUAGACAUAUGUUGAAAGUAAAAGUUUGAAAAAGAUAUAUACUCUGCAGAUAUUAAUCUAAAGAAAACUGAUUUCCCAAAACUAACAAAAUACAAAGUUGUCUUUAAGGCAGGAAUCAUUACUUCAGAUAGAGACAUUGCUUGUAAAGGAGUGGUCAUUUCACCGGGGAGUUAAAUGAAUAAACUCUUUACAGUUCCAAUAAAAUGGUAAGCUUCAAGGGUCACAGUCCAGGUUUCACGUUCAUGCUGUAAGAAGAUGAACUCCAGACAAGGGAAGUGCCUACUAUGGUACAAAUUGAACUCUAUAAAUAUGCUCUGGCCCCAGUGCAAGUGUAUAUACCCCACAUACUUUAUACAAAUGGUUACAUUGAUGAAAGAAUUUGUAUUAUUAUAGUUUUAUAUUGAAAAUAGUUCAGGACCUAUUGAAAGUAGCCAAUAUGCUUGAGUACAUUUGUAUUAAUCCCAUGUUUCUUAAUCAUUUUCUGCCCAGCUACUCAAGUACCUAAUAAAAAUAGAGUAACAUUUAAUGAAAUAUAUUUCUUGUUAGAUGAACUUAGCUUUUGCUCCCAAGGAAUUUAUCUGGUUUGUGCUAUCAUGUAUGUAUUAUUAUUACUAAAUACCAACUCUUGCCCACUCUGAAAUAAAAGUGUGAAAUUACCUUAUAAACGUACCUGAAACUGGCUGGGCGCAGUGGCUCAUGCCUGUAAUCCCAGCACUUUGGGAGGCCAAGGCUGGUUGGUCACCUGAGGUCAGGAGUUCAAGACCAUCCUGGCCAACAUGGUGAAACCCCGUCUCUACUAAAAAUACAAAAAUUAGCUUGGCAUGGUGGUACAUGCCUGUAAUCCCAGCUCCUUGGGAGGUUGAGGUAGGAGAAUCAGUUGAACCCAGGAGGCAGAGGUUGUGGUGAGCCAAGAUCACGCCAUUGCACUCCAGCCUGGGUGACAGAGUGAGACUCCGUCUCAAAAAAAUAAAUAAAUAAAAAUAAAAAUAAGUACCUGAAACUAAAUGGUUAAAUCAGUCGCUUCCCACACUAUGAGACUGCCGAGUUGAAUCAGGAAAUUAGACGUAUAACAACUAUUUUAGAACAAGUUAGAAAUCAAACAUUUGACAUGCUAAAUCAAAUUACCAGAGAUGCGAUGGUUCUUAUGAGGAUGAUUUUCCAAAACAUAAUGACUUUCUGUUUUACUCCAUCUCAUGAAUAAAUAAACAGCGUGCAUUCACGGGCAAAGAACAAUAUGGACACAUUCCAAAUAAAGCAGAUCUUAUCCAAGAUUUUAUAACCAUAUUCCAAAAUUACAGGAUUGAGGUUUCCUAUCAGGGCCUUAGUGGAAACGCUAAAUCUCAUUCAGUGACAGAUGUUGUACCUAUGUCUCGGGAUUCAAAAACUUAAAAUAUUUUAAAUGCACUCAUAGAUCCAAUAUAAUCAAAAUACUAGAACUUUUUAAAUCAUUUAUAUCAGUUGACUGUACAAAUGACAAAAUCAACCCUUAGGGUUAUUACGUAUUUUAAAAGACAUAACCUGCAAUCACUUAAAGUCAUUAAACUUAAGUAAUGAAUUCCUAGCAAUACACAUUUUAAAUUACUACUGCAAAAGAAAUAAACUCCUGACCUCAUUUGUAAUCCAUCACCAAUCAUUAUAAAAUGUCCUUAAAGUAGACUACAGACUAUCAGGGGAUCUUCUGUUAUGCCCUAGGACAAAGUACUUAAAAAGUAUUUCUCUGAUGACUGCGUAAUAUGAGUAGUCAUCAGCUUUACACUUAGUGAAAAGUAUUUCCAGAUUGUGAUAAAAGCUUAUUUGGUAGUAUGUGGUAAUGAUGUAAUAUUUUUUGUUUAAUGUUAUUUUGUGUAUUCAUUUGUAUAUUUUGCCUUUUAUGUUUGCUUUUUCCAUUUUGUGCAUGGUAAUUAAAUAAAAAAUUUGGAAAGUCUAAUUUGUUCUAUAUAGACAUCAUUUUAUACUGGAAGUCAAGCUCUUGUCUCCCUGAAUUAUAAUUAAAAUCCAUUUUCCAGCUUGAUUUUGGAAGGUGCAUAUCGUUACUAAUUUCUCAUCUCACUUCCCCAGUAGAUUAUCAUUGAAUCACCUUUAAUAAGCAGCACUAGUAAUGUAUGUAUCCCACUUAUCAGAGAUUUUGUAGGUCUCUCUACUUACCAAUUAUCUGAUCCAGAAAAAUUAGUUGCUAUUUUUCCCAUUUUUAGAAUAAUUGAGCAAUAGAUUAGUAAAUGCCAAUGGUGUAUAUUUAUAAAAUCUCUUUUAAGCUGCUCCUCUCUGGUCCAGACACAGAGAAAACUUUGGGGGUAUAAAAAGGUUAGUUAACCUUACUGCAGAUGACUAAUGCAAUUGCUGCUCUGAUGUUCUUGGGGAUAAAAACUCCUUAGUUAGGGCCUGUACAUUCCAGCAGUUAUAGUGGCGCAUUUUAGUGGUUGUAGUGAUGUAUGAAGCAUUCACGGUGUGAAAGGCAUGCCUAAUUUGCAGAAUAGUUUUAUGGAAAAACACCAUUAUUGAAAGCAUGUAGCAUUCUGUUAGUCACAUGCCCUAA